AUGGAGGCAUUAGUAGCAUGUUAUGGUGAUGGUUCUGAUUCUGAUUCAGAUUCAGACUCUGAAUCUUGUUCCCAUUCAAAUCCAACUUUAGGUUACUCAGAAGGACGUGCGCCGUUGCCACCCCGAGCAACCGAAGUAUGUGUCCAGCCCUUGCCUCCACCUCCAAUUGAGCUCCUUCAUCCUCCAAAUUUUCUCGGGCCUCAAGAUAUGCAGAUACAUCAGACAAAUAAAAUUAGGAGCUUCCCUCAUGUUGAUGGUAACUAUGCCUUACAUGUAUAUAUACCAAUUAAUAUUUCAUCUCCAUCGAAAAAAGAACUAGCUGCAUUCUUGAAGAAAAUCUCAUCUCAGGAACCAAGUCUUCAUGUUGUUGAUGUUGAUGUCCCACUUAACAUCCUCUGCAAAAAUGAUGAGAAACUCGAACAAGUUGCAUUAGGAAGAGAGUUCCACAUAAGUUUGGGAAGAACUGUUCCAAUACGGGUACAUCAGAUUGACUCGGUGGUCUCAAUGUUAAGACAGAAGCUUCAAACUCAACAAAACAGUUAUUGGAUUGACUUUCACAACUGGGAGGUUUUUGUUAAUGAUGAUCGCACACGCACCUUCCUUUCAGUAGAAGUUGUUCACAGUGGGCUUGUAGAGAUACAUAAGCAAAUUGAAGCAGUCAAUACAAUUUACAAGCUUCACAAUCUUCCUGAAUUUUACGAGGAUCCGCGUCCUCACAUAUCCUUAGCAUGGUCACUGGGCGACACCUCCGUUUCCCUAAAGAAAGUUGUGGGUGAGGAAAUGAAGAAAUGUGUUGGAAAACCUUUGAAGAAGUGUAUUUUUACAUGUAAAUUCAAAGGCAUCGAGUGUAAGAUUGGUAAUAAAACAUACACAAUAUGUAAAGAUUCAGAUAGAUGA